UUGUAGUUCAGUUAAAAAGAGACGUUUGGUAGGAAUAAAAACGUGCAGCCACAGGGAGACCCCAGGACUAAGUAGGAGAACCCCUGGGUUCCGAUCUAUAUUUAAGGAUUAAGAAUCUCAAUUAAACGUUAGCAGGUUGUCAUGGUGUGCUACACCAGGGCGCCCCUUUGCAUUGUCCGCACGCGUGUCCUUUUAAAGGCAAAAAGCUUUCCAUCUUUUCCUGGUGUCACCUGUCAAGAAUGUUAUCUGGUCGGUCGCGCCAUCAAGGGGGCUCCACAGCAGGAGGACCGUUCGACAUGGAGCCUGAAGGCAAGCGCGGCGGCCAUGUGACUCGUGUCAAGUGUGUGUCCAGCUUAUCUAUAAGGGGAUGGGACGGCACGGCGCGGUGCGUCGGCAGCGCUUCUCUGGACUGUCCGGUUCAAAGAGUCUCUCUGGUCGGGUCAUGACCGAGUGGACGGUACUCAAACGGCUCCUCGACGCGGUUCACCAGCACUCGACGAUGAUCGGUAGGAUCUGGCUGACCGUUAUGGUCAUUUUUCGCUUGUUGAUAGUCGCCGUGGCCACAGAGGACGUGUAUACCGACGAGCAGGACAUGUUCGUGUGCAAUACGCUCCAGCCGGGCUGCGCCAACAUCUGCUACGACUCGUUCGCCCCCAUAUCCCACGCGCGCUUCUGGGUCUUUCAGAUCAUCCUGGUGUCCACGCCAUCGCUGUGCUUCAUCGUCUAUACCUGGCACAACCUGUCAAAAAUAAACGGGGAGUCCGUGAAGGAGGAGAUCGCCGUGGUGCAGCACGGAGGCUGCGGGUCCAGCCAGGGCUCUUGCAAGUCCCACGGAUAUCUGGACGAGGCCGUCCGGAAUGGACCUGGAGGUGUCCAAAGGGGCCGCCGGACCACGUCGAGGAGGCUCGUCCGGUGCUAUGUGGUCCACGUGUGCUGCCGCGCCGCCCUGGAGGUCGGCUUCGUGGCCGCGCAGUGCGCGCUCUUCGGCUUCCAGGUGCCUCCCCGCUUCUUGUGCUCGGCGCCGCCCUGCGCGCAGGCGGUCGACUGCUACGUGUCAAGACCCACCGAGAAGACCAUCUUCUUAAUGUUCACCUUCUCUGUCGGCGUCCUCUGCAGCUGCCUCAAUUUUCUCGAACUCAAUCAUUUAGGAUGGAAGAAGAUCAAACGGUCGCUACUCACGCACGAUUUUUCUCAGGGGGGCUACCAAGAGAUCAGGAGCCCCGACACGAACUCCGUGGAUUCUCUCACAUUGAGGGGACUUGCAAACGAGCCGUCACUCGCAUCUUUUAACCUGGAGGCGGAACACAACCAGGAGUGGACAUUUACGGGGGGUUGUUCUCCUGGUGGCCAGAAGAUGGUCGACUCGGGCAGAGGGGAGGACAGAAGUCAGGGGGGCGCCUCGUCAUUAAAGGUGAAGCCUGGAAAGAGCAAAGGGGGGCGACAGAAGAGCGGUGAGGUCUGGAUCUGACAAUGCAGGCGUUAGGAAGGAAGGUUGGGAAGGUGUAAAUAUAAAAUAGUUUAAAAAAAAAACGGGAAGGAGGCAUGUCAAAGUAAAAUUGUAGAAAAUGUUAGGAGGUAUACAGUGCACUACAGGUAAAAAAUGGAAGAAGAAAUAUAAAAGAAAAAAGUAAACAAGUUGUAAGGGGGCAACAAUCAAUAAUGAAGGAGGCAUAAAGAAGUGAAAUUAUAAAAAGAAAUGGGAGAAUAUAUAUAUAACGAUUCGAUGGUUAAAAGAGUAAGGAGGCAUAUAAAAGUACAAUAAUUUAAAUAAAUAAACGUAAAGUUGUAAAAAAAAAAGGAAGAAUGUAUAUAAGUUAUAUCAGUUAAAAUGGAGAGAAGCCUAUAAAAGAACAGUUAAAACACCGAAGGAGGAGGUAUAUUACAGUAAAACUAAGGAAUGUAACGGUAUAAAAUAUAAAAGUACAAAAGUUAAAAAACGGAAGCAGGUAUAUAAAACUAACUUGUAAAAAAUGAAAGGGGAUAUAUAAAGGUACAACACUUUAAAAAAAAUAAGAGGAAAAUAUGGUUAUGCGAAAAGACAACUUCCCACCAGGGAUUAAUACAGUGUACCAAAAAAAAAAGCCAAAAAAAAGAGUUAAUUUCCCUGUGCAGUAAAUAACGCAGUUACCAUCAGAGAGCAUACAGAACAGAAUUUACAGAAUACUGAUGACCUCCAUACUAAAUAACUGAGCAGGAGGAAGUCAGACAUAUGUGGACUGAAAGAAUGCAAGACAGACAGAGAGGGCAGCAGUUGGGAUUUCUGAAGGAGUCUGGUGAAGAGAGUACAGAAGGUGGCAACAGGUGAUUCAAAGAAAUCAGAAAACGUAAAAUAAUAUGGCAUAAAUGCCUAUCUUAAUACGUAAAAACUGAGUGAAUCUCAAUCUGAGUAGUGUAUCUUAAAUAUUUUAAAAUAAUGUGGAACAAUACUUUUUUUUAGAAAAUUUUAUAGUAAUAAAACAAUUUUUGUUUUUUUAUCAUUUGUAUAGUGUUGAUAUUCUUCAUAUUUGUUGUAUACAAAACAUAAAUAACAUUCAAUAUAUAAAGAAAAAGC